UCUUUUCUAACUGUAUCUCUGGUUUACAAGUGUCCGCUUUCCACGUGUUAUACGUCCACGUGCGGUGUCAGAAUGCACGAGCGCGAUGUCAUCACAGGCCGUGGUUUCAACCUGACGCGAGCUUAGUUUGUGGACAACAGUUACUUCCCACAAUGAAGGAGAAACGCUCAGUAUCUAUCAGUGACGCGGCAAUAGUGAUCCCACCCGGUUGCCUGGGCACGAAAGGACGACGUUUCUCCUGCCCUGCCGUCAACGUCGUUGACAAUGCCAUUGUCAUCAAGCGACCACCAUUUACUCAAACAGCGUUCGACGAUAUCCACGCCAAGACCGAGUUCGAAUCCAAGAGCAUAUCCGAACGCCUGAAGAAACAGGCGUAUUGCUCAAAGAAGCGACUAUGGAAGCUGGUGAGCGGUUAUCUCCCAAUCCUCAAGGUCCUACGGUACUACAACAUUAAAGAAAACAUUCUGAUUGACAUCCUGGCAGGUUUAACAAUUGGGGUACUACAUAUCCCCCAAGCACUGGCGUUCGGCCAGCUGACGUCUGUGAAGAUCGAGAACGGCUUGUAUACAUCUUUAUGGCCUGUUAUCAUCUACGUAUUUUUCGGAACAUCUGCCCACGUUUCCAUCGGCACCAGUGCUGUGAUCUGUAUAUUGACUGCUGGUGUUGUGGACCGUCAAGGCGAGGCCUUUGUCGCCUCUAAUCCGGAUAUUCUGAACUUUACAUUGAACGGUACUCAAGUGCAUCUUAAUGAAAUCCCUGCAUACUUGGAUUACAAGGAAGGGGUAGCCAUGGCUGUGACUUUCGUUUCGGGGUUAAUGAUGAUCUUCAUGGGCAUCUUCAAGCUCGGGUUCAUCACCGCCUACCUAUCCGAGUCCUUCUUCUGCGCGUUCACAUCAGGAGCUGCUAUCCACAUUGCCACAAGCCAGGUUCCAGCUAUGCUUGGUUUGGACAUCACGAAACACGGCGGUCUGUUCAAGUUCAUCAAUAACUACAUUGAAAUCUUCUCCCACAUCACCGAGGUCAACGUUGCUGCCAUCGUCUGUGCCGUCAUCACUUGUCUCAUCAUCGUGCUGGUCAAGGACUGCAUUAACGAGAGAUUCAAGCAUAAGCUCUUCAUGCCAAUCCCUAUCGAGCUUUUCGUCGUCAUCAUUGGAUGCAUCGUUGGCUACUUUGGUGACCUAAACACAAACUUUGGAAUCGCAAUCGUCGGUAGCAUCCCUAACUCCAUUCCCCCACCUGUCAUUCCACCACUGGCAGAAGCCCCCGAUGUCUUGGCCGACUGCUUCAUCAUCGCCAUCCUCAUCUUCGCCAACACCAUCGCCAUGGCUAAGAUCUGCGCCAAGAAACACAACUACGAGGUUGACGACAGUCAGGAACUCAUCGCCUACGGCAUGUGCAACUUUGUCAGCUCUUUCUUCAAGUGCUUUCCCUCAAGCGUGGCGCCCCCACGAUCCAUGGUUUCAAGCGGCAUGAACACCAAGACGGUCGUCAACGGCAUCUUUACGUCCGGUCUGAUGGUCCUCGUCAUCAUGGUCAUCAGCUUCGUCUUCGAGGUUCUCCCCAAGUCAAUCCUCGCAGCCAUCAUCUUCAUCGCUCUCAAAGGACUCUUCAUCCAGAUUCUCGACGGACGCAAAUUCUGGCGUGUCAACAAAUUCGACUUCGUCAUUUGGUUCAGCACCUUCACCAGCGCCGUGUUCCUCGACAUCGACUACGGUCUCUUCAUCGGCGUGGGUGUGUCACUCAUCACUGUUGUGUUCCAGACUCAGUUUGCCCGCGGCUACAGACUCGGCAGAACCACGAAAGACAGCACCCUGGUGGAGCACAAGAAAUAUCAGGAUUCCGUCGAGAUCCCUGGCGUCAAGAUCUUCCGCUUCCAGUCUUCUCUGUACUACGCCAACGCCGAGAUCUUCCGAUCCAACCUCUACAAAUGCACUGUGAACCCCAGAAAACUACUGAAGAUGAUAAAGAAAUACGAAAAGAAAAUGGGCAAAUCUGGGAAGAGUGAGGUGCUGUUUAGCGAAGAUAAAAGAAGCUCCGUUGUGCCGACUGAAAACACGACUCUAAGUACCUCUGAGAAUAACCUCAUUGGGGGAAUGAACAGCACAGUGUAUACAAAAAGUGACAGCACCAAACGCGUCUCAGUCUCCAAUAUGGACAACCCUCUGUUCACAAUGACUGACGAGGUACAAAAUAACAGCUGUGUGCUCCGACAGAACGCCGACAGCAGCAUAAAACGCCACGGAAGCAUUGACUCCACCUACUCCAACGACACCAUCGACACGGUCAACUCCGAGGACGAAGAAGUCGACCCCGAGGACGGCGGCAUCCUUGUGACGGAUGAGAAACUAAGAACUAUGAGACACACGCACCACGUCAUCGUCGAUUGCAGCGUCAUCAACUACUUGGAUGCCUCAGGCGCCAAUGUCCUUAGUCACAUCUUCACUGAGUACGACCACGUCAACAUCAAACUGUUCCUGUGCGGUUGUUCUUAUGAUAUGCGGAAAGCUAUGAAACAUGCUGGCGUUUUCAAUAAAAUUCCACACGAAAAUAUUUUCUUGGAUCUUUACGAUGCCCUUGCCGUUGCUAAGAUACAACGGACCAUUCCGAUGCUGUUGGGCGUGACAGAUUAUUCCGAUGAAGAGGCAGCGGAAGAUUCCUACAUCACAAAGCUAUAACCAUGGCAACUGAAUCGUCAUCGAGAAACUCAUAAACACUACAAAUGUAGACUUGGCACUCGGCUGAGCCGAGCGAUGCUGAUCAUAAUGCACUUCAACGAAUUUGACACUGUUCAUUUUCAACUGGGGCGGUCGGGUAGCCUAGUGGUUAAAGCGUUCGCUCGUCACGCCGAAGACCCGGGUUCGAUUCCCGACAUGGGUACAAUGUGUGAAGCCCAUUCUGGUGUCCCCCGUCGUGAUAUUGCUGGAAUAUUGCUAAAGGCGGCGUAAAACCAUACUCACUCACUCACUCACUCAUUUUUAACUUUCUUAACUCUAAUUUGUAAGCAUGAUUAGUGAUUGCUGAUCAAAAUGCACUUGUCAUUAACCCUUAUUUGUAAGCCUGAUUACUAACCAUACAUUUCGUUAGGAACAUGUUCAUGAAAUCCUCUCUUUACGAAUAUAUAAUACUUAACUUUUGACAGGGAUACUGUGCUAUAUCGUUAUAUUAUCAAACUAAGACCCACAGCGUAUGGAAAUGUACUUAUAUUCAUUCUGAUUUGUAAUAAUGUUACAACUUGGUCAGAUUCAUGACAAUAUUAAACACUAUUCGUAUGACAACAAAUUCUAGCAAUCGCCGCCUGGACAUCCACAUGCCCCAAUCAAAGUUGAGUAAUACAGGACUUUUAUUUUCGACAAUAAUUCUGGUUAUUGACUUAACAUGACGUCACUAGACAUCGAAUAAUUUGAUUGGUUCAUCACAUCCCAUACGUGUUUCACUUUUGUCUAAUACUCAGAUGUGGCUUUGUAUAAAUGUUAUAUAUGUGUGUAUGCUGGUGUUGCAUUCUUCCGUCAUUUAUUAUAUAGAUACUAUGCAGAACACUGCCAAGAUUGUUCAGACGUUCGGGACAAAAACUUACAAAAUAUGACUCCUGUGUACAUGUGAAAAUGUGAAAUAAAUAUAUUUUAACACGAAAUUCACCUAAGAUUUUAUAGUAGGCUAAUUUAAUGCAUGCUAAUUUUGAAUAUUUUCUAAAUAUUAUCACAGAUAAUGGAAAUGGAUCAUGAUACGUUGGUGUGCUACAGUGGAAUAGUAUAUAUGGGUCUGUUAAAAGGUCCGAUUUGAUGUCAGGGAAGAUUAAAAUCAUGUACAGUA